AUGCAUUUUUUAAGGAUCUUUUCGACUACUUAUAUCUUCAGGACCUCCAUAGGGAUGCCUUACAAUUAUCAAUAUGAUAUGGCUACGAGUAAAGGGAAAGUUAUUUUUAAAUUGUUGUUCCGAUGGAGAGGAUCCGUGUGGAGGGCCGUCUACAUAGAAUACCUUAUUUGGCUCACUGCUUACGCGAUUGUUUCAUGUAUCUAUCGCUUUGCACUCAACGAGGAACAACAGGGGAAAUUCGAGAAUUUUGCCGCUUUCUGCGAUAAACGACUUAGCUACAUCCCGAUGAACUUCAUGCUCGGGUUUUUCGUGACAAUCGUCGUGAAUCGUUGGGUAACACAAUUCGCCAAUCUUGGAAUGAUUGACAAUAUCGCUCUGUUCACCUCAGAACUCGUCAAAGGCAGCGACGAUCGUGGCAAAAAUAUCCGACGGAACAUCGUGCGAUACUGUGUCGCUUCACAAUGUCUCGUUUUUCGAGAUAUCCAUAUCGGNGUCAGAAAACGCUUCCCCACACUGGAAACGAUGGUUGCUGCGGGUUUUCUCCAACAGCAUGAACUUGAUAAAUUCUUGGCGUGCAAAAGCCGUUAUGCAAAAUAUUGGAUGCCACUUAACUGGGCUCUUCAUUUACUGAAUACGGCCCUCGAUGAAAAACGAAUAGAUGGGGAUAUUGCAAGGAAUGCAAUUGCCCAGGAAAUCCGGAAUUUCCGUACAGGGCUGUCUCUGAUCUGGACCUACGACUGGGUGCCACUACCGGUUAUGUAUCCACAACUGAUCUUCCUCUCAGUGCAUGCCUACUUCAUCGUCACCGUAUUCUGCAGACAGUUCAUCAUCACUCCUACUGCUGCCAAUUACACUGUUGUCGACCUCUACUUCCCAAUUAUGUCCUCUCUUGAGUUCAUUUGCUAUAUGGGUUGGAUGAAAGUCGCUAUGGAACUGCUGAAUCCAUUCGGUGAAGACGACGACGACUUCGACUGUAACUUCCUUCUGGAUAGAAACCUCACUAUUUCUUUGACAGCUGUCGAUGAAGCGUACGACGAUGUCCCAGAACUCAAGCCGGAUAUGUUCUGGAAUGAUACUGUGUCGCCAUUGUAUUCAAAGGAAAUGGCCAGCAAACAUGUCAAUUUCUAUGUGGGAAGUGCGAAUAGAGCUGACUUACUGAAAAAAAAGUUGCGUUACAGGCUUGGCAAUGACGUAACAGAGAUCACGAUGAUCCCCCACCCACAGAAUGAAAGGUUCGACCACUACAUCCAAAAACCGACACGACGACGACGUGGUAGCGUUGUUUCUGUCAGCAGGAAUGUGAGGCGCAAGUGA